CCAGGCAAUGAUACACAAAUUUCAAAGUUUCUUCUUCUGGGAUUUUCAGAGGAACCACAACUGCAGCCCCUCAUAUUUGGGCUUUUUCUCUCCAUGUACCUGAUCACUGUGUUUGGGAACCUGCUCAUCGUCUUGGCUGUUGGCUCAGACUCCCAUCUCCACAUGCCCAUGUACUUCUUCCUCUCCAACCUGUCCUUUGUAGACAUCUGCUUCACCUCUACCACCAUCCCCAAGAUGCUGAUGAAUAUACAGACAGAGAGCAAAGUCAUCAUGUAUGCAGGCUGCGUUACUCAGAUUUAUUUCUUCAUACUCUUUGCUGUGUUGGACGUCUUUUUACUAGUGAUGGCCUAUGACCAGUUGGCCAUCUGUCACCCCCUGCACUACAUGAUCAUCAUGAACCCUGGGCUCUGUGGACUGCUGGUUCUGGUGUCCUGGGUCAUGUGUAUCCUGAAUUCCUUAUUACAAAGUUUAAUGCUGUUGUGGUUUUCCUUCUCUACACACUUCCAGAUCCCCCACUUUUUUUGUGAAUUCCAUCAGAUGAUCCAACUUGCUUGUUCUGACACCUUUCUAAAUAACUUGGUGAUGUAUUUUGCAGCUGUCCUGCUGGGUGGAGGUCCUUUUGCUGGGAUCCUUUACUCUUAUUCUAAGAUAGUUUCCUCCAUACUUGGGAUCUCAUCAGCUCACGGCAAGUAUAAUGCAUUUUCCACCUGUGCAUCUCACCUCUUUGUUGUCUCCUUAUUUUAUUGUACGAGCCUAGGAGUGUACCUUAGCUCUGCUGCUCCCCAGAGCUCCCACUCAAGUGCAGUAGCCUCGGUGAUGUACAUGGUGGUGACGCCCAUGCUGAACCCCUUCAUCUACAGCCCGAGGAACAGAGACAUAAAGAGGGCUCUGAAAGGAAUCAUUGGGGUUCCAGUGAUGCGAGGGCCAAUCUUGCUGGGGCAGAAGAAGUGCCCAUGA